GCAAAAUGUUUUCGUAGUUUUCCGAAGUAUACAAGUCAUUACAGCAAUCUCGGCAAGGAGGAUCUAUAUCAUUAAUAUUUCUCGGGUUCAUCAAAUAAUAGGACACAAUAUUAAUGUAUUCUUGGCUCUAAAGGUAAUCAAUAACCUUACUAUUAUUUUGUAUAGAAACUGUUUAGAAAAUGUUCCUUGUCUAGGAACGAAACAUUACAUUCUUUCACACCUCUCAAUUAAGGUAUCUGUAUCUUUUAAACAAACAAAAAUUCUUCAUAUUGGCAUUCUUAUGUUUGAAUUUUAACAAUAUAUCGAUUAAAGUUACCAAUAUCAAUAUAUAUCAAUACUUUUUAUACCUGCCCUUUCUCACCUAAUUCGUAACUUUCCAAUAUUUCAAUAUUUAAUUAUCGUAAUUGAAAUAAUUAUAAAUAGCAAUUAUAUUAUAAGCAACAACAAAAAUAAAACGAGAAAGCCAACUUUUUAGAGCGAGGUGCCGGUUACUCUGAAAUUGUUGAGAAGAAUUUCGUUAGAAUAUUACUCUCUAAACUAUGAAAAACUUGUAUGAUUAACUUGAAAAUCUCAUUCUUUUACAAUUGAUUUAAUCAAUUGAACUAAUCAAUUUAGGUCAAUUUUUCUCUGUGAAUUUAUCUAUUUUUAUGGAAAGUAUAGUUGCAAUUUAUCAUUAUUCACAGAUAUCAGUUUCAAAGGAAAAGCUAUAAUAAAACUUUAAUUUGAGCAUGAAGAAACUUAUAAUAAGUCUUUCUACAAUUUCCAUUUUGUUGCUGUUGGUCUAUUUAUACAAUACCAAAAUCUUUCGUUCGAAUAAAGAUAAUGGACCCCGGCUUAGAAGUCAAUCGUUGAUUCCUAGAGGUAAAGAUACUUAACAUUUUUAUAGCUGUUUUCAAUAUUAUCAUUUGCAAUUUUUAGUGCCGGUUCAUUGGCAAAAGUCCGACUUUUUGAAUAUGUAUGCCUUUUCCGCCUUUUACGAUGAUCGCUCUACGUUGCAAGGUUCUAAAUGCAUCCGAAUUGUUGCAAUAGCAGAGAAGAAACUAGUUGAGAAAUCUGCUCCUUAUUGUCAUAUAGUAUAUGAAAAAGGUCUUCCAGAUAUUGUUCAAAGUCGACCAGCUGAUAUAGGUGUAGGUGUUUCCUAUAGAGGAUACUGGUUCAGAGAGUAUGUGUUUGAGUGCCCUCUGCAAAGUAAUCGCCUACCUCUCAAAAUAUUUCUUGCUAAUAAAUCAAAUCAAAGAACACAAUGGUCAAUUCCUGUUGAGUUUCCUCAGACACCUAAAAUAAAACAGGACUUUGCCGUUUGUGUGAUAUGUGCGUUUUCGAAAUUUAACCCUUCAAGAGUGCUUGAAUUUGUAGAGAUGCAUCGCCUCUUAGGUGUAUCUCAAAUAUACGUAUACAAUAAUAAUCUAGAACCAACUACACACAAGUUAUUUAAACAAUUACAUGAAAUGGGGAAAAUCGAUUUAACUGAUUUCAAAACAGGGUUCUUUGAAACUCCAGCUCCUUCUCAUGCUUAUUACGCUCAAGCGUCACCUGCUGUCAACGAUUGCAUACUUCGCAAUAUGUACUCUUAUAAAAAGUUAAUUAUUGUCGAUCUAGACGAAAUAAUCAUUCCAAAUCAAGGGUUAAAUUAUAAAGAUAUGUUAGAAGCGAUAGAUAAAAAGUAUCCAAGAAGUAUAGAAACCAAAUCAUAUCAUUUUAGGAAUGCUUACUUUUUUUCUGAUUUUGAUAACUUGAAAAAUAAAAGCGAUACUAAUAACGACAGCAAAGAAAUUGCUACGUUUAGGAGAUACAGAGCAAAAGUUAGCGGUCCAGGAUAUUCAAUUAAGAGUAUUAUAGAUCCGCUAUCUUGCUAUGGAAUGCAUAAUCAUUUCUGUUGGCAUAAAACGAAAGCGGCCGAUGUACCUAACGAAUCUCUGGACGUUCCAGUUGAAUUUGGUACGUUACAUCAUUACAAAAAAUGUCAUUUUGAUAAAGCUAAAUGUGCCGAAAUAAUCAAAAAUCCAAUAGUAGAUGAAUCUGCUUUGAAAUUUAGGCAACAAUUGUUAUUAAAUAUGAAUAGCACAGCUCAAUAUUUAAAAUUAAAAGAUGUUUUCUAA